AUGGCCCCAAAUUUGCAAAACAGUGUCAGCAAUGGCAUGCCCAAAAGCAAAAUGUCAACACCUGAGGUCAAGAAAAAGGCUCUUGAAGACCAAGAGAAGGGCAGAGGGCUGGACCGUGGUCCUGAUGUCACAGUGGACAUGGAGAAAGAAAUCGGCAGUGCGCUAGGCCCUGGGUCAAAAGAUGAGAUCUUGAGCUGUGCCUUCAAACUGCAAAUGACUCGAGGAGACCUGUGGACCCUAAGGAACACCCAGUGGCUCAACGACAAAGUCAUCAAUUUUUACAUGAAUCUUCUCAUGGAAAGAAAUCAAAGUCAAGGCUACCCGGCACUUCACGCAUUUAAUACCUUCUUUUACACCAAGUUAAAGUCUGGUGGCUACAGGUCAGUCAGAACAUGGACCCGGGCAGUAAACAUCUUUGCCAAGGAACUUAUCCUGGUCCCAGUUCACCUGGGCAUGCACUGGAGCCUGGUGGUCAUAGACCUAAGAGAGAAGAGUAUUGUCUACCUGGACUCCGUGGGACAGAAGAGACCCGGCAUCCUUGAGCUGCUUUUCUGCUAUCUGCGGGAGGAGAGCAAAGCGAGAAGGAACAGCGACCUGAGCCCUGCGGAGUGGAAGCAACACAGCAUGUCGGCAGAGGAGAUUCCUCAGCAGCUGAACGGGGGCGACUGCGGCGUGUUCGCCUGUAAAUAUGCAGAUUACAUUUCCAGGGGCCAGCCCAUCACCUUCUCCCAGCAGCACAUGCCUCUUUUCAGGAAGAAGAUGGUGUGGGAGAUCCUGCACCAGCGCUUACUGUAG